CGAGCCGAGCCCUGGGCAGCGGGGCCACAAGGGAAGAGUCUCUUGGAGACAGUAUGACUUUGGCCACCUCUGACUCUCCUGCUAUCCUCUAUCAUCCCAAGUUCGGUUCGGAUUUAGAAAUCUGAGAAGAGGAAGAAACGUAGGCCCGAGAGUUUUGGGAAGCAGAGGGCAUGCAAGUUCGUAGUUCCUCCGAGGGCAAUGAUCGCUUAACCCAAAAUAGCGUAGCCAGAGCAUUUGUUGUGAGCUGCCAGAUAGUUGGCACCUGCGCUUAAUCGUUUUCACACGCCUAUAGGUCGACUGCGUGACUUAUGAAAGCAAACAAGUGUUGAGCAAGGGGAGGAACCCACCUUGAACGAUUCCAGCCUCAGCCUCAGAUACCACCUUAGGGGAUAAGAAUUCUGCUUAAUGCAUCAUGCUUUCCCUUCUAGAGAUUGCCAUGAUUUUGCUCUCAGUUGUUAAGUACUUUAAAGAGAGGCCAUUGUCAUGGACAUGGAACCCUUUCUUCACUGCGUGAUCCCAGACUUCAUCCAAAGCCAAAACUUUUUGGAAGGGCUUCAGAAGGAACUUUUGAACUUGGACUUCCAUGAAAAGUAUAACGAUUUAUAUAAGUUCCAGCAGUCUGAUGAUUUGAAGAAGAGAAGAGAGCCUCACAUCUGUGCUUUAAGGAAAGUUCUGUUUGAAGAUUUCCGGACUUGGCUUGCUGACAUUUCCAAGAUUGACCUGGAAUCAACUAUUGACAUGUCCUGUGCUAAAUAUGAAUUCUCUGAUGCCCUCCUCUGCCACGACGACGAGCUGGAAGGGCGCCGGAUCGCCUUCAUUCUUUACCUGGUUCCUCCCUGGGACAGGAGUUUGGGGGGCACCCUGGACCUGUACAACGUUGAUGAACACUUUCAGCCGAAGCAGAUUGUCAAGUCUCUUAUCCCUUCAUGGAACACACUGGUUUUCUUUGAAGUGUCUCCAGUAUCCUUUCACCAGGUGUCUGAAGUCCUGUCUGAAGAAAAGUCACGUUUGUCUAUAAGUGGCUGGUUUCAUGGUCCUUCACUGACCAGACCCCCCAACUACUUUGAACCACUUGUACCUCGGAGCCCGCACAUCCCACAAGAUCAUGAAAUUUUAUAUGAUUGGAUCAACCCUACUUAUCUGGACAUGGAUUACCAAGUUCAAAUUCAAGAAGAGUUUGAAGAAAGGUCCGAAAUCCUCCUAAAGGAGUUCCUUAAGCCUGAGAAAUUUGCAGAGGUCUGUGAGGCUUUGGAGAAAGGAGAUGUGAAAUGGAGCAGCCGAGGUCCCCCUAACAAAAGGUUUUAUGAGAAAGCGGAGGAGAGCAAGCUUCCCAACAUCCUGAAGGACUGCAUGGAAUUAUUUCGCUCCGAGGCUCUGUUCUUGCUGCUCUCCAACUUCACAGGCCUGAAACUCCACUUCUUGGCCCCUUCAGAGGAAGAUGAGGUGGAGGACAAAAAGGAGGGGGAAGGCACCUCUGCAGCUGAUCACACUGAAGAAGGGACUAGCCAUAGCUCCCCUGGGCCCCAGAGUCCUCAGACGGCCGUCAGCCACAGCAGCCAACAGAGCAGUGAACAGACAGACCCAGAGUCAGAGGAAAACGAAGCCAAGAGAGACUCAAGUGUUCCCACAUGCCAGGGGGAGUUGAGGCGUUGGAAGACUGGUCACUACACUUUGAUCCAUGACAACAGCAAGACUGAAUUUGCCCUGGAUUUACUUCUCUACUGUGGCUGUGAAGGCUGGGAGCCAGAAUAUGGCGGCUUUACUUCCUACAUUGCCAAAGGUGAAGAUGAAGAGCUGCUAACAGUGAAUCCGGAAAACAACUCUUUGGCACUGGUCUACAGAGAUAGAGAGACUCUGAAAUUUGUCAAGCAUAUUAACCACCGAAGCCUAGAACAAAAGAAAGCCUUCCCAAAUAGAACAGGUUUCUGGGACUUCUCGUUUGUCUAUUACGAAUGACAGGGCUGAGCCAAGCUGAAGAAAAGAGACCCUUCCUCAGUACUGGGGAGUGCGGAAGAGCUAGGCAUCACGCAGAGAGCUACAAGGUGGCCUGUGUGACCGUGUCUUCAAAACUGCGUGGUAGGACUCAUCGUUAUUGUCUGCAAUCUAGGCCUUGAGCUUGGAGCCAGGUAUUUCUCUCUUGAUAAAAAAAAAAAAAAAAAAAAAAAAAAGCUUUUUUGUCUUUUUUUUUUUUUUUCACAUUCAGUUUUUCAUUUUCCAUAUGGACUUCCUUAGUGAUUUUUAAAAAGCUUUUGUGUGUGGUAAAAUACACACAACAUAAAGUGUACCAUUCUAACCAUUUUUAAGUGUAUACUUGAGUGACAUUAAGGAUAUUCACAUGGUUGUGCAAUUGUCACCACCCAUCUCCAGAACUUUGCCAUCUUCCCAGACUGAAACUGUCCCCACUAAAGAGUAACUCCCCGUCCCCCUUCCUAGCCCCUGACAGCCACCAUGCCACUUUCAGUCUCUGUCUCCGUUCAUACAAGUGGAACAAUACAAUAUUUGUCCUUCUGCAACUGGCUCAUCUCACCUAGCAUAAAGUCUUCAAGGUUCAUCCAUGUUUCCAGUGAGUGUUUGUUUUUUAAUACUCAUAAAUGACUGCUGAUUCUGUCCUUCCUAAGCAUACCGGUUUAGAAAGUUACAGAAACUUCUGUCCUGUUCUGGGUGGGCUCAUUAUACUUCCUCCCAGUGCCUAUGGCUUUGUUUCACUGUGACUCCCUUAGGACAGUGUGGACUUAAAUGAUGAUGGUAUUCCUGCCUUGGUAAACACCAGGCCCCAAACCACAUGGCCCCUGAGACUUCUGAGUGGCUACUUGUGCUGUAUGUCAUCGUUCCUGGGGACCCACUGCUUUUCCAUCCUGGAGUUGUGGCUCCUGUAUAACUAGAUGAUUCUAGCCUUGCAUGUGUCUUUCCUGUCCCUAAAUACUCUCGGGUCAGCUAUAAAAUGAGUUGCCUGUUUUUCUUUAAGAGAACAGAUGCUAAAGGCCACAUCAAAAUGCCAAGAGGCUGUCCAUUUUGUUACAUUCUCUUCCCUGAACUGGUGUGAGGCUUAUGUGACAACUACCACCUAUACAUGGGGGUGUGUACGAGGGAGGGUAGUGGUCACCGCGUCGUUAGCUGCAAGAUGCUGUUCUCGUUCCAAUGCUGUCUUUUCGUUUGCUGUUUUUUUACAUUGAUUACCAACUGUUACCGUAACUUUUAUUUGGGAUUUUAUUAAUCAGUAGGAAAAGCAUUGGGCUUUUACCUUCUUUAAUCUCCUAAUACUCCAAGUACUCCCUCUAAAGUUGGCAUUUAAAUGAAGAGAAUGAGGUUCACUUCCUUUAGGUUGAUGGUUUCAAGAUUGUUUUGAUUUUGUACCCCAGAUAGAUAGUAUCUAGAUAGAUAGGGAUAGCUAUCUAGAAAUUUUACACAUGUACGAAUAUUCAGUAUUGUCAUAAAACACUAAUUUUUCUCGGGUGAGAUGAAAAAGAAGUACCUAGAACUAGCUCUAACGUCUUCCCACACACACACAGUACUGGGCCAGUUUACAUGCAUACUGUUUAUUUGGUGUUUUUUCAGUUUAUUUAUUUUGAGAGAGAGACAGGGAGAGAGCCAGCAGGGGAGGGGCAGAGAGGAAGAGACAGAAUCCCAAGCGGGCUCUGCACUGUCAGAUCCAUGAGAUUGUGACCUGAGCCAAAACCAAGAUUCAGACACUUAACCGACUGAGCCACCCAGGCACCCCCUACAUGUCUGCUGUUUUGGAGACCAGAAUUCUUUCACCACAGGGGCGCCUGGGUGGCUCAGUUGGUUAAGCAUCCGACUUCAGGUCAGAUCAUGAUCUCACAGUUCGUGAGUUCGAGUCCCGUGUCGGGCUCUGUGCUGACCGCUCGGAGCCUGGAGCCUGCUUCGGAUUCUGUGCCUCCCUUUCUCUCUCUGCCCCUCCUUUACUUGUGCUCUAUUUCUCUGUCAAGAAUAAAUAAACAUAAAAAAAUUUUUUUAAAGAAUUCACAGCACAGUGACACGUGGGAUUACAACAACUUUGUAAAUAAUGGCUUACAUGUCAAAGUUUGCCUUUUCUUUCCAGUUCCUACAGACUGAAUAAAGGUCAUCCCUACAAUAUUAUUUUCGCUCA